UUCUCAUAACCAGCCAUGCAAAGGUUCCUUUUUAUUUCUAAAAUAUCUUAUUAUCUAAAUGCAGCUGCCACUCAUGCAAAUAAAUCGUUUGACCUGGUAUCUGUGAGUGAUGUGCUGUUGGAUUCAUCUGUCAUGAAGUACAAUCCGUUGGACUGCCAGAGACCAGAGCUACUUAAUAAGAACCUGUUGGAGGGGAAAAUCCUUCUUUGUGGAUAUUCUUUCAAUUUUGUUUCAGGCGCAGCAUCAAUUAAGAAAAUCUGUCAAACUGCCAAAAGUCUUGGAGCAGCUGGCUUUGUUGUAGCUGUGGAGAAUAGCUAUCCAGGAACUAAAUAUGAUCCUGUUCCCGUUUCUCUUCCCGGGAUUCUGAUUACUGAUGUCAGCCAGACAAGGGAGCUUAUAAACUACUAUAACUGUUCGACCAAAAGAGAUUGGGCUGGGCGGCCAACAGGUUUCUAUGCUACAGCUAGCAUUGCGGAUGGCUUGGCCCCAAUACUUCAUAAUUCUGCUCCCCAGGUGGCAUUAUUCUCUUCUCGAGGACCAGAUGUAAAGGAUUUCAGCUUUGAAGAUGCAGAUGUUCUCAAACCUGAUAUUUUAGCUCCAGGUUCUCUCAUCUGGGCUGCCUGGGCACCAAAUGGAACAGAUGAGGCCAACUAUGAAGGGGAAGGUUUUGCCAUGGUAUCUGGUACAAGCAUGGCCACCCCUCAUAUUGCUGGAAUUGCAGCACUCAUGAAACAGAAAUACCCACAUUGGAGCCCUGCUGCUAUCAAGUCAGCUUUAAUGACGACAGCUAAUACGAUGGACCGAGCUGGUCGGCCUCUUCAAGCGCAGCAAUACUCGGAUACAGAAAUAUUGAUGCUUUCUCCAGCAACACCCUUUGAUUAUGGGAGCGGUGAAGUUGAUCCAAAAGCUGCUCUCGACCCUGGGCUCAUCCUUGAUGCAUCAUAUUUGGACUACAUAAACUUCCUGUGCUCAAUACCGGGUGUGGAUCCACAAGAGGUCUCAAACAUCACAAGCUCACAAUGCAAUGCCACUCAUGGCAAACCCUCUGAUCUCAACACCCCAUCCAUCACAAUUUCUCAUUUAGUGGGAACCCAGACUGUCAAGCGCACAGUUACCAACGUGGCUGAGACCGAGACCUAUGUCAUCUCCACCAGAAUGUCACCAGAGAUUGCCCUUGAUGCCAAUCCUCCUGCCAUGACGGUCCUUGCCGGCUCGUCCAAGGCGAUUUGGGUGAGCCUAACGGUGCGUUCUGUGACAGGUAGAUACAGCUUUGGUGAGGUACUUCUGAAAGGUGACAAAGGGCACUUUGUAAGGAUUCCCGUGGUUGCCAUGGGCUUCAGUAGCUGAAUGAAUGCUGCGCUUCUCUAUGUUUUUCUUCUUAUAGGAAUGUAUUAUUCUUUGUAGUUUUGUAAAAUAAGACGUGCAUCUAGAAAGGCUUUGUUUUGUAAAUUAGCUAUAAAAGUUUUAAAAA